AUGGAUAAUAAUGCCGGUUCUCAAGAUUGCUUGCGCACACAGGACUGCACACUGAGCGCACCGCCACACACACACAAUUUGGGGCUACUUCGACAAGGUCUGAUGCGCACCGCCCAGCGGCGAGGCACAGCAACAGCCAUGGCCACCACCGUCGAGGAUGAGGUGGAAGCGCCGGAGCCAGGGGACGGUCCCAGGCUAGGCUUCGUCGGUGCCGGGAUGAUGGCGACGGCGAUGGUCAACGGUAUCGUGGCGUCGAAGGUGACGGAACCAGACAAUGUCUUCGUGAGCGCGCCGCACAGGUCGAGCUUGGACCGCUUUGCUAAGCUGGGCGUUCGCACCUCUGACAUUAACCUUGAGGUCGCAUCCGGGUCCGACGUGGUUGUCGUUGCCGUCAAGCCCGACGUCGUCCCGGCGGUGCUGCGAGAGAUCGCCCCGCACCUCAGGAAGGAUGCGCUGGUCGUGUCCAUCGCGGCCGGAAUCCCUCUCGCCGUGUUGGAGCAGCUCGCUCCCGGCAAGCGCGUUGUCCGUGUCAUGCCCAACACGCCCUGCCUUGUGUCCGAGGGCGCUACCGGUUUCUCGAUGGGGUCUCUGGCCACCGACGAGGACCGGGAUACGGUACACGCCCUAAUGGGGGCUGUCGGCCUCGCGGUGGAGGUCAAAGAGGCGUUACUUGACGGCCUGACCGGUGUUAGCGGUAGCGGGCCGGCGUACAUUUACGUGCUGAUCGAAGCGCUGGCGGACGGCGGCGUCCGGAUGGGCUUACCGAGAGCGAUGGCGAUCAGACUCGCCGCGCAGACCGUCAAGGGUGCCGCGGAGAUGGUUCUAGAGACGGGAGAACACCCAGCUGUUCUCAAGGACAACGUGUGCAGCCCAGGGGGGCUGACGAUCGCGGCCAUCGAGUCUCUCGAGAAGAACGGCUUUCGGUCCGCGGCCAUGCAGGCGGUUAUCGCGGUCGCGUCCAAGUCUAUUGAGAUGCGCAACGCGGAGGAAGAGAAACGCACGAAGUAGAAGAAGUGACAGUAAUUCUUUCAAAGCGUAUUCUUCUACAGGAUGGGAGUGUGGAACAGUUCUGAGGGAGGCACAGAUAUUGCACGAAGUGUGGUUCAAUGAAGAAGCAGAAGAGCAGACGUUUGUGAGGCGGGCGGUGGGAAGGAUUGGCGGAGUACUCGUUAACAAUCGAGUGGAAUCAGGAUGUUGGCACCAUCGUCGUAGACACGAAGAAAGUGAUGGUCUUCAUUGACCGUUGUAUGGAUCGCUAUUCUCCUGUAAAAAGCGCCAUUGGCUUUCGUGUACGUUAGUUAAUUUUCCCGUGUUUCUAGUUCGGUGAGUAUAUUUUCCCGUGUUUGUAGUUUGGUGAGGGCGUCAGGUGUUCACGUAGUAGCAAUAGCAGAUCGAAGAGUUCCUGAACAACGCAUCUGUACCUUCGACACACAUAACGUAGUAAAAACCAGCGGUGGUGUUUUGUUUGCCCCGUUCUUUCUUGCUGCCUUCGGCUCUCACUGAAAUGAGCGUUGCUUCUGAAAUGUGACCACGAUCUGUCUCC